AUGGAGGCGGAGCUCCAGGAAUUAGUGCCUGACGAGGAUGCUCCCGCAGACUGCUUCCCCCUGGACGUCUCAAAGAUCAUACCGCGGGUGCGUCGAAUCGUCAGCAUCCCCUCGGACUUGGGCUGGGACGUCGUUGAGCCCUCCGGCGGCGGCGUGGUGGACUGUGACCUUGCGCGCCUCACUGCCAGGGACAGCGAAGAAGUGCCGUCUUCCCCGACUGCGCGAGACCGGACCCCGCCAGGCCUGGCACUGCGCCUGCGCUGCACGCUGCCUCGAGCCGAGUCCGCGGAGGCGCGACGGUUGAAAAGAGUCCGACAACACCCGACUUUGACUUUAGGGACAAGUAAUUAA